AUGAUGCUUCUACUGAUCAUGCCGCUCAUGCUGCUCUUGAAGUCACAUCCUGAUGCAAAAGGGAUGCAAAAUAAAAUGAUAGAAAAUUGGGACGACAUUGUUCUCUUAUGUGGAAGAGAUAGAGCAACAGGUCAAAAUGUUGAAACUUUUCAAGAAGGUAGUGAAGCAAUGGAUGAAGAUGUUGAGAUUGAAGAAGACUUGGCUCCUAGUUCCGAUUUCAGAGCACGAGCAAGGACAUCAAGUUCAGCAGAUUCAAACUUGGAGAAAAAAACAAAGUACAAGAAAGAUUCACUGGCUGAAGUGGUAGGUGUUAUUGCUACUUCAUUUCAAGAGUAUCUGACAAGGAAAAAACAAGAAGAGAAACCAAGUGGCAUUGAGAUACACGAGGUUGUAUCGGUUAUACCGGGGCUUACUAGUGAAGAAGUGUUCAAAGCUGUCCGCAAACUAAUGAAUGGCGAUCUGGAGGAGUUCAAAUUGUUGAAAGCCCUUCCAGAAGACAAAAAACAAGAGUGGAUUUAUUAUCUUAUUAAUUCUUAG